CUAAGUUGGCUAUCACAGUGCAAGCCUUCGAGUCCCGAUGGGGGACUCAGGAUCAAGACGAUCUACUCUGGUCUCCCGGUUGCCGAUUUUCAGAAGAAGUAUUAGCAGAAGACAUGACUCUCUUCCCUCUUCGCCUUCCUCUAGUAACACGGUUGGUGUCCACAGCUCCUCUCCUUCCAGCACAAACUCAAGCUCAGGUAGUACAGGGAAACGCAGGAGCUUGUUCCGCACCCCUUCCAUCAGCUUCCACCAUAAGAAGGGGAAUGAACCCAAGCAGGACUCUACCAACCAGAACCUUAGUAUUUCAAAUGGUGCUCAACCUGGUCACAGCAAUAUGCAGAAACUGAGUUUGGAAGAACAUGUUAAAACCAGGGGAAGACAUUCUGUCGGUUUUAGUAGUUCACGGAACAAGAAGAUAACUAGGUCUUUGACAGAGGAUUUUGAAAGGGAAAAAGAGCACUCGACUAAUAAGAACGUCUUUAUAAAUUGCCUGAGUUCUGGCAAGAGUGAGGGGGAUGACUCCGGAUUCACUGAAGAGCAGACACGCCGUUCUGUUAAGCAGUCGACAAGGAAGCUGCUCCCCAAAUCUUUCUCGUCUCACUAUAAAUUUUCUAAGCCGGUUCUACAGAGCCAAUCCAUUUCGUUGGUACAACAGUCCGAGUUCUCGCUGGAAAUUACACAGUACCAAGAGCGAGAACCUGUAUUAGUAAGAGCUUCACCAUCUUGUUCUGUGGAUGUAACCGACAAGGCCGGAAGCUCCUUACAAUCUCCUCUGCUUUCUGCUGAUCUUACCACAGCUCAGACUCCUUCCGAAUUUUUAGCCUUGACUGAAGAUUCUGUGUCUGAGGCGGAUGCAUUCCCUCAGAGUGGCAGCUUGGCAUCCCACUGUGACAACUCUGGCCACAAUGAUUCUACCUCUCAGAUCUCUCCCAACCCUGCUGCUGUUACAAAGACAAUAGAAAUGAUGGGACCUGUUCCCUGUACAGUUACGUCACCUGGGAAAUACAGGUUAGAAGGUCGAUGUAGCGCCGAAUCUCACUCCUUCCCAGAAACCUCUGCUGCUACUCAGAAGGAAGUGUUAUUGCAAAUCACUGAACUACCUGUUACCAAUGUGAACAACUCGGAGAGUCACCUACCAGCAGAUACUCAGAGAGAAGGAAAUACGGUAUUACAGAAUGGUGAGGCAGUGCUGGGAAUAAGCUCCCCAAGGAAACUUGGAUUGUACGAGCAUAAGGUGAUAGCUGAGCACAUGAAAGGGAUCCAUCCUAUUUCAGAUUCAAAGAUAAUACCCUCUGUAGGUGAUCAUCAUAUUUUCAACAAAACAUCAUAUGGGUAUGAAGCCAAUCCUGCCAAAGUUCUUGCCAGUAGCCUCAGCCCCUAUCGUGAAGGACGAUUUAUAGAGAGGCGACUGCGAUCCUCAUCAGAAGGAACUGCAGGGAGUAGCAGAAUGAUUUUGAAGCCAAAAGAUGGAAACGUGGAAGAAGUUAAUAGUUUAAGAAAGCAAAGAGCAGGUUCCUCAUCUUCCAAAAUGAACAGUAUGGAUGUUUUGAAUAAUUUGGGAUCUUGUGAACUGGAUGAAGAUGAUCUAAUGCUUGAUCUAGAAUUCUUAGAGGAACAGAGUCUUUAUCCUUCAGUUUGCCGGGAGGAUUCAUAUCACUCUGUAGUCUCAUGUGCGGCUGUAGUUCUUGCUCCUAUGGAACCCACGAUAGAAAUGAAGAAAAGAGAAGAAGUAAAACAUCCUGAGUCUUCCAAACAGAAUCUUUCCCUGAAGUUAACAAAAGAUGUUGAGCAGGAAGCCAGGUGUCCCCAUAUCAGCCGAAUGCCUGGCAGUCCAUCUACAGAUUGGCCCCUGCAAGGUGUGGAAGAAAACGGAGGCAUAGACUCUCUGCCUUUCAGACUGAUGUUGCAGGACUGCACAGCGGUCAAGACGUUAUUAUUAAAGAUGAAGAGAGUUCUGCAAGAGAGUGCAGAGCUGAGUCCAGCGAGCAGCACCACCUCACUUCCUGUUAGUCCUCUGACUGAAGAGCCAGUGCCUUUCAAGGAUAUAAUGAAAGAUGAAUGCUCAAUGCUCAAGCUGCAGCUGAAAGAGAGGGAUGAACUCAUUUCCCAACUUCAGGAAGAACUGGAAAAGGUCCAGCAUUUGCAGAAGGCUUUUGCUUCAAGAGUAGAUAAAUCCACACAGACCGAACUUCUAGGCUGUGAUGCCCUGUGGAAUCCUACAUGCACUGAAGGUUUAUUUAAACCAGUACAUAUUUCAACCUAGGUUAAAUCAUUAUUUAACCAUAAGUAAUGCACACUAAUUUGUGACAUGUUAAAUACUAAAUAAUUUUUUAUCUUUCUGUAUGUUAAUUGUUUCUCGUAGUGUGUAAUACAGACAUGUUUUUGUUCCAAAUUCUUCACACUUUUGGCAUUUGUAAAUAAUUACAUAAAAUAUUGAUGAAUGAAGAUUCAACUUACAUAUAUCUGUUUUAAUCUUACCGUAUUUUUAAAACAACAUAAAUUUACUUUUAU